CUCAAUAACAUCCCAUUACCCUAUAAGGGAUAAUCAUCCUGAAUAAGAAUAGCUGCUUGCUAUUCUAAAAGAAAAAAAAAGAUCAGGCACAAAAGAUAAUCCAGCCGUAUUCCACUGGGGUUGCAUCCCGAAGCUUUGCAUAACAAGAGGAUUGCCCAUGGUCAGAAAUCCUGAAUGGCAACUUUCCGUCGGGCGGGUCCUUGAAGAAUUUGGAAGCGUGAACAAAUGGAGGUGUUUCACCACUGAGAAAGGAGCCGGUGUGCCAACGUCUUCUCGAGCAGCUCAGACACCUUCUUUGGGGCGAAGCUUCCAGUCAGAAUGAAACACAUAUUAACAGUCUUGAACAGCUGGUUUUGGUGGGAAAACAUCUGGAUGCCAGCAAACUGUUCGUGGACAAACUUUGACGACCGCAGUGGAUAUGUCUUUCCAAAACCACAGCAGUUAUUUGCCACAAUUCCUUAUGCCUUCGUAAUGUUGGCUAUCAGAUUUUUUGUUGAAAGAUGCAUUGCUAUCCCUCUUGCAAACAUUUUGGGGAUAAAGAAUGUGCGGCGUGUGAAGCCUCAGCCUAACCCCACCCUAGAGACGUUUUUCAAGGAGUGCUCCAAAAAGCCGUCGCAGUCAGAGAUAUGUGGAUUAGCCAAGAAGUGCAACUGGACUGUGCACCUGGUGGAAAAAUGGUUCAGACGACGAAGAAAUCUAGAAAUCCCAACUUUACACAAGAAAUUCCAAGAAGCUUGUUGGCGAUUUUUAUUCUACACGACAUCAUUUACUGCUGGAAUUAUAUUUCUCUAUGAUAAACCAUGGUUUCACGACAUCUGGCAGGUGUGGGUGGACUAUCCAUUCCAUUCUGUGUUACCAUCCCAGUAUUGGUACUACAUGCUUGAGAUGAGCUUCUACUGGUCGCUGCUGUUCACUCUUGGAAUUGACACCAAAAGAAAGGACUUCAAAGCCCAUGUGAUUCACCACUUGGCCGCCCUCGCUUUGAUGUUCUGCUCGUGGAGUGCCAAUUACAUCCGCCUUGGCACCCUUGUGAUGGUUGUCCAUGACUCCGCAGACAUCUUGUUGGAGGCAGCGAAAAUGUUCAACUAUGCUCGAUGGGAAAACACCUGCGGCAUCCUCUUUGUCAGCUUUUCCAUCGUGUUCUUUAUCACGCGCAUCAUCCUCUUCCCUUUUUGGAUUCUACGAGCCACGAUGUUUUAUCCCAUAUACUAUACCCAGACAAUUGUCCUCGCAUCUUUCUUCUUCAAUGGGCAGCUAUUGAUCCUGCAAGGUCUGCAUAUUUACUGGGGCUAUUUAGUUUUCAACAUCCUGAAGAGAUUCAUAUUCAUAAAGGUGCUUAGGAUUCCUAUUCCAACUUGGGCUAAAAUUGGCAAUGACAAGAAUGUGAAGGAUGACAGGAGUGAUGAAGAAGAGGAGGAUUCAUUCAGUGAUGCCGAAGAGGCGUGCAUGAAGAACGGAAGCAAGAAUGGAUCGAGCCAUAGUCUGCUGAACCACAGUCAUUAGCACAUGCCCAGCUCUGUCUCCCCGUGGUGUCGUUUUUUGUGCCUAUAACGCAUCCUACCGUAGAGAGCUUAACGUCAACAUCUUAACUGGAGUCUGUGAUUGAUUUUAUUGCCGGUCACUAGAGCUGGAAGAGAGCCCAGAUUUUAAAAAGAGUGAAAAUAAUUUGCUUAACUCAACAAAAUCUACUUAAUGGCCUGCUUUCUAAUAAUGCUGUAUGGGGGCAUAUAGGCAAAUAUGACCUUUUCAACUCUUUCCAAUGCUCAGUGGUUUCCAGGUGGUCUUUGGACACCAUUGCUUCAGAAUGAAAUACUCGUACAUCUAAAAUAUGAUAAGACAUUGUCUUUAAUAAUGCUGUAAUGUGAUUCAAGAAGUGUGGGCAUGGUGCAGAUUAUUCCAUUAAGGAUCUGAACAGUUUUAUGCAAGAGAAAGCCUUGCUAGUCAAAUUUUUUUCAAUAAAAUAUUUGUUAACAAUUUUUUAAAAAACAGUUUUUGAGCUUCAAGCCCUUAUCGUUGGGUUAAUCCUCUGAGAACUGGAUCUAAUUUCCUCUUGGCAGAUAUGUCCAUAGGAAGAGGCAAUAUAGAGUAGCAUCUGUCGAGAUCCUUCAUACCAUUUUCCUCUAGUCUAGAUUGACCUAUCCAUCAGUGUUUUACUUGAUGAUGGUGAUGCAAGAUUUUGUGAACUAGAGGGUAAGCUUUGAUGGAACAGAAGCAACCUCAGAGAUCUUGUGAUGUUUGAGGCUGUCUAGUAAGUUAGAACCAACAGCCCCCUGGAGUUAAUAUGAAUAAAUAUCUGUAGAAGGUUCAGAUCUGUAGAAAUGGAAAAGCUGUCAAUUCUGCACCGUCAAACAGCUGCUGUCAAUGAGUAGUCACCGCCCAUUAGCUGCUUUAGGAAGGAGGAACAUUUUCAUUGUUAUGCUGAUUGCUGGAAAACCCAGUGCUCCUCUGGGCUUUUGAAAGUCAACACACCAGCAACAUUGGCAUAUUGUUUGAUUCCUUUCUUGUUUGAAUCUAUUGUUCGAAUCUUUUCUUUUAGAAAGUUGUGCUCUAUAGACUAAUGUUUUUGGGCUGAGUCAGCAUCAGAGCAAGGCUGGGAGCCAGGAAAUUACAGAUGAGGGGCAAGCAUGGAGCCAGAAUCAAGGAAACCACCCAUGUGGGAAGAGAUAACGAAAGAAAGUACAGAAGGAGACGCCUCUUAGGAUGUUAAAGACUGUGCCUAGAAGGCAGUUAGGAAACAUGGAGCAUGA